AAUUUAAUAAAAAAAGCUAUGAAUUACAAUUAUUAUGCAGAUUGAGUGGAUGGCUCGUGUAAAUGUUGUGUCUCUUUCGGAUGAAUAACAUCCUUCGCUGCUGCUGAAGGAUCAGCAGGGUCGACUGAAUUAGUACCAGGAUCAAAAUCUGGUGUAUUAGCGUGUGUAUUAUCGACUGUACUAUCGUCUAAGUUUAGUUUAGUUGAAUUUGGAUCACUUUCGUCGAUGUUGAUCACUUCUUUAACAUCCUCAUCGUCACUAAGAUCUAACUUAAGGUCUUUAUUGUGUACCCAACGUUUAACUUUUAAUUUAGAGUUUGGUACACUAGUUACUGGUGCUUGAACCUUUUCAAAGUUAUGACAAGGUGAAUUUAGUUGCUAGUAAAAUUAUAAUAUUGCUUUUGCAUAUUUUGUAAAUACCUGCUAGUCAUUUUAUUCUAUCUUGAUUAUCAACGUUAAAGAGAUAGAUAGAUAGGUAGAUAGAUAGGUAUAUAGAUAGACACUAUAAAUAUAUAUAUAAAUGGAUUCAAUUUUAAAGCAAUUCGCUCAAUUAACACCUUUAAGGAACUUUAAUUGGUAUUUUAAUAAUAAUCAGCUAUACGAUUUACAAUCAGAUUUCAUUAAAAUUGUUAUAAAUAAUGAAACAUUAAAUAAAUAUCCACCAUCAGUUGAUUAUAAGUUCAAAUUCUAUAAAGUACUAAUUCAAAAGCUUGAAACUGUACUUGAAGAUGACGAAAUGGAAGUUGCAGAAGAAAUCUAUGAUGAAUUCAUGAAAGCCUUAUCUGAAUCUCAAUCAACUAAUGGUCCACCCAAAUCAACAUACAAAACAUAUUUUUAUGGAUCAGACUCAGUCACUUUAUACGAAGAUCAGACUACUAUAUCGAAAGGCACAACGGGUUUGGUUACAUGGGUAUCUGCCCAGUCAUUAUCAGAGGACAUCUACAAUGAAGAUAGUGAUAUUCAUAAAGCAUUGAAAUCUGCUAAUCGUGUGUUAGAGUUGGGAUCAGGAUGUGGUUUAGUCGGUAUGGCAAUAUCGAAAGCUUUUAAAGAUCUGGAAGUAUUCAGUACUGAUGUUGAUGAUAAUGUUUUGUCUAGAUUGGAAAGUAACAUAAGUUUGAAUAAUAUAAAUAACAAUAAAACGUUAAAGCUGGAUUGGUUUCAUCAUAAUUACUUAAUUAAACAAUUACAACCAGACAUAGUAAUAGCGGCUGACAUAAUUUAUGAUGAUUACCUCUUUGAUCCCCUAAUUAAGGUCCUCGAGGAAUCCUUACGUGUCGCUCGAAAAAUUUUCAUAAGAGGUGCACUUAGAAAACAAGAAACUUUCGAUCUAUUCGUUACUAUGUUAAAGCAGGCAAUGAACAAUUUUGAUAUCAUAAUCAAGACAAUAUCCACUGCGCAAAGAUCAGAUUGUGACAUAUACGAAAUCCUGAUUGGCGGGAAUUGAAAACCGAACGUAAUGAAACUGGUGUACCUUUUAAGAUGUAAAAUUAAAAAAAGAAAAGGGGGAGUGACCUAUGAUGAAAUGAUCUCGAUAGUUCUCGUCCCGGCCAAGUUAUGGUAUAUUUAUAACGUAUUUUCGAGUUGUUUUCAUUCAACAAUGAAAUCAGCAUUAAAAAAAAGUAGGAAUGGUAAGAAUCUGCGGGUCAGGUUCUUAUUAAAUCCACUAGAUAGAUCAUUGAACAAGGGAUAUGCAGAUGCAGGCAUCGGAUAUACCCCUUACUGUCAAAUUUGUGAUUACAAUCUAAGGUAUCAAUCAACUCCAAGAUCGUCUUUGCAACCUAUGUUAAGUUCAAGUAUACCAAGCUAUUACGAGUAUUAUAACAAUAUAGUGAACUCUAUCACUAGACCG